AUGCUGAGUGCCUUCGAGAAAGAUAUUGCCCUGAUGAACAAAGCCACCACAUUCCUCAAGCCUGAUGCCACUUACAAAGAGGCCUUCGUCGAGACGGGCCGGUCUGACGUGCUCGAGGAGCAGAGCCAGGGUGAGGGUGGUGUCUACGACGAGUUCAACGCGCCGCCAGUGCCCACGGGAGCGGGUCGUACGGAGGCGGAGUUCUUCGUCGACGGGAACCAUUCCAAGGUGUCUCUGAUGUCUCGUAUAGUACCCUCCCCGGACUGGUUCAUAGGCAUCGACAGUUUCGACCUGUGCGUAAAUGGGAAUUGGCUCGACAGCAUCACGAUAGAGGUGAAGGAAUACGAGCUGUCCGAAGUGUUCCACCACUCCGAAGAUGACAGACAGUACGAGGUGCUCAAGAUGGAUCACCAGAACGCCAUCGACGUCUUCAACGGCAACAACGACAUCCAGAAGGCCAUAGAGGAAGAGAGAGAGGAGCAAGAGGUGCAUGACAAAAGUUACAGACAGAGACCUAGGCCGAGGCCUCUGAAAAGCUUCACUUUCAAGUCCUGCGGCAUCGGCGAGAUGCAACGUCGCAGGGAGGUCGCCAAGCACGCGCGCAGAGGCGGCCGCUUGUGUCCCCCAUUGGUCGAGACGAAAUGGUGCGGGUCGGCGCGGUCGUGCAACAAGGAGUACUUCAAUUGGUAAUCGGCGUUGUCGGACCGGACGUCCUGUAUAAUACUCGCGGACGGUAAUUAUUGGUGACGCUAGCGCGACGAAGAACGCUUCGAUUGUCACCCGAGGAUCUAAUAAUUCGAUUGAACUCUCUUAGAUCACGACUGGAUAAAAAGAGAAGCAUUGAAAUCAACAUAAGUGUGAGACGCAGCAUUCUCGGUCACGUGAUGUCAAUGCGAUCAAAUUGAAUUAAUUAUUGACGUUCAGUUCCUUCACUGUGUCACACUUCUCUUACUUUUUUUACAUAAAUAAUGAGACCAUGUGUUGUUCAAAAUUGUUGAAUUUCUGAGCUCAUUUCAAACGUACUGACAUGGACGCCAUUUGGUGAUACGUCGAAUAAAUGGUGACGCCAGUUUUUAUGCUGUUUCGUUAUUGGUCAGAUAAUCUUCCAUUCGCACUCAUGAAGCAUGGUUGUCAAGUCACCAGUUAUAAUCAAGUUAUUGAAAAGGUGGAGCCCUAUCGUCGAAUAAUACUUCAUGAAAAUAAAAUAUUUCAUUUGACCUAAUAACAGGAAGCGAUGGUAUUAUUGUUAUUAUAGCGUGUUUCACUCACCGAUUCACAGCACAGAGCAGUGGAACAGAAAUAGAGAGUUGGUGCGACCUUCUUGUCAUC